AUGGCCGCUAAUCAAUCCCUCGCUAAAGAAACCCCAUCGCGAAACCUGACCCUCCUAACACCACCCUCCCCUUCCACGUUAUCGAUUGGGAACCGCUCCCACGCACCCGUCGCUCACUCCCACGCCCCCGCUGCUCGCCCCGUCCCCGUCGGGCCGCCCUCGCGUCGCGCAGCCGCCGCUCGCCCCGUCCCCGUCGGUGCCGCCGCUCGCCCCGUCCCCGACGGUGCCGCCCCUCGCCCUUACCCGCACCGCCCGCUCUCCCUGCUCGGGCCGCCCUCGCGUCGCGCAGCCGCCGCUCGCCUCAUCCCCGUCGGUGGUAGCAGCGCCGCGAGGUUGGAGGUGCCGACAGGGAGGUGGCUGAAGGGGUCGCUCCUGGCCGUGGCCAGCUGCGUGUGUUGGUCCGUGUGGUACAUCAUGCAGGCGACGUCGGUGAAGCGGUACCCGGCGGAGCUGUCGCUGACGGCGUGGAUGGCCACGGUGGGCGGGGUCCAGUCGAUGGCCUUCACGGUGCUGCUGCAACACGAGAAGGAGGACUGGCUCAUCGGCUUCGGCCUCAAGUUCUGGUGCAUCGUCUACUCCAUACGUGGGAUCGCGUGCAGCGGGUUCACGGUGUUCGCGCAGGUGUGGUGCACGGAGAAGAAGGGGCCCGUGUUCGUCACCAUGUUCAACCCGGUGUCCACCAUCAUGGUGUCCAUCCUCGCCUACUUCAUCUUCGGCGAGAGCCUAUACGUCGGGAGCAUAAUCGGAGGAGUGGUGGUCAUCUUGGGCCUCUACAUGCUGCUCUGGGGCAAGGACAAGGAUCAAGAGUACAAGGCAGGAGCGGCGAGUGGCGAGAAGCAGGCCGGCCUGCCCGAUCUGGACUGCGAGAAGCAGCAGCGGCAGGAGGAGAAGAUGGUCGGCGUCUCCUUGGCGCGGGGUGGCUCGGAACAGGAGACCAGGACGACGAGAUAA